CGUGUCCUCUGUUUCUCUCAUCUCCUAUAGACAAACCGACAAAUCAACAUGAAGGCCUACAUGUGUGUGGUUCUUUUCGCCGCUGCUGUCUUAGCCGCCCCUGAAGGAAAGCGCGACAAACGCGGCUACCUUCACGGAGACCUGCAUCACUCUCUGGAUUUCGGCCACAGCUUUGACUCCGUGCAUUUGCAUAGUGCCCCCAUCAUUCACAGCGCUCCUGCCGCUAGGAUCAUCUCUGUCAAUAAAGUAGUGGAGGUGCCACGAGUGGUCGAAGUAAAGAAGAUUGUCUCCGUUCCUAAAGUUGUGUCAGUGCCGGAAAUCGUGAGAGUGAACAAGAUCGUUGAGGAGCCACACUUCCACUUGGGCUCUUCCCACUACUCUCUGGGUUCCUCUUCCGGAUGGUGGUAAUCUGCCAGGCACUCUAGUCAACAUUAAUCAACGUA